AUGGGAGAGGUGCGCUCUGGUGGAAUUGUUUUAGAUAUUUUGAAUCAUCUUGAUUGGGUAAACUUAAAGGGAUAUUUCUCUGGUUUAAGUAACGACAGCUCCCUCUUAAAAAAGAAAAGAAAAACCAUUUUUGAAAAAAGAGGGAAAAACCACGAAGAAGAGGAGCCGCAACCGCAAGAUCUCGGCGCACUUUCACACAACCCUGCCGCUCCGCCUGAUGAGUUAUUCGACAUCUCUACGACAGAUCCCAGUUACGUGAUCUCUCUGAUACGAAAGCUUCUACCAGUGAUAAAUGCAACUCUCACAGGGGCAAAAGGGGCUCUUAGUCCCUCUGGGGGAAAUGAAGGUGAGAAGCGUGGUGAUGGUGUGCCGGUGGGAGAAGAGGCUUGGGAAGAGUAUGGUUGCAUAUUAUGGGAUCUUUCUGCAUGUAAAACUCAUGCAGAACUCAUGGUGCAGAACCUGGUACUUGAAGUGCUCUUUGCAAGCCUUAUGGUUUCACAAUCUGUUCGUACUAUGGAAAUUGGCCUUGGAAUCAUCGGAAACCUAGCCUGUCACGAAGUUCCCAUGAAACAUGUAAUCUCUAUGAAUGGAUUAAUUGAAUUGAAUGUGGAUCAGAUGUUGUUGGAUGAUAGGCAAUGCUUAUGUGAAGUCUGCAGACUGAUAACUGUGGGUCUUCAAAGUAGUGAAGGCGUUACUUGGGCCAAGGCGUUGCAGUCGGAACAUAAUCUGACUCAAAUUUUAUGGAUUGCAGAAAAUAGCUUAAAUCCACAGCUUAUAUAAAAGAGUGUUGAACUAUUGUUGGUGGUCAUCGGAAGUUCGCAAGAUGUUGUGCAUAUUCUCUUACCACCACUGAUGAAGCUGGGCUUAGUGAGUCUAUUAAUAAAUCUCUUAUAUAUUGAAAUGAGAAAAUUAAUGUGUGAAAGAGCCCCUGAAAGGUACCCUAUUCUUGAUGUAAUUCUUCGUUCCAUUGUAGUCCUUUCUGUUAUUGAUGGCCAUUCCCAGGACAUCUGUUUAAACAAGGAACUUAUUCAGCUCAUUUGUGGCCUGCUCAUGUUCCCUGAUAAAGUUGAGGUUGCAAAUUCUUGUGUUACAGCUGUAGUUCUAGUUGCAAAUAAUAUAUCAGAUGUACCUACUCUAGCUUCUGAGCUAUCACAUGAUAUGCUUUUUGUACAGGGUCUGCUCGAUGUUUUUACUUCGGAUGAUUUAGAAGUAAGGAGUGCACUGUGGAACAUUUUUGCAAGGUUAUUGGUUGACUUAAAAGAAAAUGAAAUGAGUUCAUCAACUCUCCAGCAGUGUGUUUCUGUUCUAGUUAGCAAGUCCGAUGUGAUUGAAGAUGAUCUUCUUGAUUGUCAGUUACGUGGCUUAGGAUUAAAGGCUAGGACUACAGCUGUAUCCUUUUGCGAAAUUUUUGAUGAACUUGCAGUUAAAUUGCAAUAAAUUAUAGGUUAAUACUGUUUCACAUCUCAAGAUGUGUUGUUAUAAGCGCCUUUAGAGCUUAAUAGUUAUUUGCGAUAUAAGCAAAUGAAAGUAAACAAAAACACACCAAAGUUAUAGUGGUUCAGCUGAAGCCUACCUCCACUGUGAUCUCUCUUGAGAGAUUACUAGUACUGAAGAAUUUAGGUACAAGUACUUAUUGCAGACCUUAACCCCUCCUUGUCUAGCUCCUAUCUCUCAUCACCCUUAGCUCUCUCUUUAGGAUUUCUGUCUCUCUAUCUAAAAACCUCCAUGCAGCCCUAUUUAUAUCAAU